AUGGAGCUCAUUCAACAACUAGAUAUCUUGGCAGACACUUUGUUCAUCGAGGCAAGUUUAUUAGGACGCUAUAAAUCGUUUAGAACAAUUACUUUAGGCAAAAACCGGAAAGCAUAUGCCGAUGGUUUUUGUUCAGGUACAUCGCACGAUGAUAAGCAUCCAUCAUCAUGAUUCAUAAUUUAUAGUAACUGAUUAUUAUUCUUUCUUUUUUGUAAUUAUUAAUAUCAAACCUUACAAUUUAAAUGUUUUGUUAAAAUGUGUUCAUGAGAAAGGCAGUUAUCAUGACGAAUUAAAAAUUUUUCAUCAUAAAUAACAUCAUUGAUUAUAAUUAUUAUUUAAACGUAAGUACAAGGAAUUUGAAAGAGUUCAGGUGAGUGUAGUCCAGAGAAGAGCUCUUGUUAAAAGUGGUAUGCAGUCACUGUCAACAACAGGCCAAUUCAGGGUCUUCAUUCAUACCAUCAAAAUCAAACCAAAUAAAGCCAAUCUUAUUUCGCUUUGAUUGGUUAGCCUUGUUGCGUAGAUAUGAUUACCGCGAGAAGACACGAAAAACUCUUUUUUGCGUUUGUAAUUGCUAAAUAAUUCAUAAACUGCGCCAAUAUGUGCGGUUCCUGAUGGUUACGCCCAUUUACUUAUAAAGGCUUAGCUAUGCACUAGUACAGUUGGACGAGAUAAUGGAUGUUUUACUUUCUUCUUAGAAAUAUCUAAGGAUCUACCUUCUUAUCUGCUACUUAAUUUCGCGUUUUAAAAUUAAUCCCCGCGAAAUUUAAGGACGCGAAAUUAAAUACUCAUAUAGAAAAUUCAAAUCACAGAAAAAAAUAUUAACUUGUAAUAGAAACAACAUACACAGGAUAUGUAUCAACCAUAAAACUUGUUAACUGGUUUUACUGGUAAGCUAGCCUGUUCCAGGCUCCGAGAUGGUGGUGGAAAGUCGUUCAGUAAUAAGAAAUGCGAAAAACGCGCGGGGGCUGGGGAGAGACAUCGCCCCCUUUCCCAAGUCGUGCCCGUCUUAUUUUCGCUUUGCUCGUUUUAAUACGUUUCCACUAUACUAUCUGAGAGCCUGGCACAGGCUACUGGUAAGCUACGUUGUGUGUCUUCAGUAAGUGAAAUAACGUCAAUUUAUACAGAAAUUUGAAAACUUUCAGACUUUUUUUAAAAAAUAAAAUGAAAUGAGAACGCUUAAAACUCGAAAAUAAACCCCGCCAAAUAUUUUUUCCCCAGAAUCGCGAAAUUAAGUACCAAUAAGAUACCAGUUAAUACGACUCUAAUGUUUAAACCAUUUGCAAUGCUAUCACACUUAUAAUCGUUACUGUACACAAAAAAUGUAACUUUUUAUUUUUUCAACAUCAGUUAUUAACUGCGAUCAUGAUAAGCCGCUGGUUUUCAUAAAUAAUUCACAAAAUAGUCAGAAACAAGUAAUGAACGUACUUCUUCCUUGCUCAAAACGCUAAAUACGACAUACCAGUUGACAUAUAACUUUAAAUACAGUGGAACUUCUAUUCAGGGGACUCCCUCAGGACCAAAGUAAGUGUCCCUUGAUUAAAGGUAUCCACUAAAUAGAGGUUGGGUUGGGGUUUGUUAACAAUUAACCAACAAAGGAAGAAUAAAGGAAUCAUCAUUAACUCAUCUCUGCAGCAUAAUAUGUUGAAUUUACACAAAUGUGUUUCAUCAGUUUAAGUAAGAUAGCUCAGUUUGUGAAAGCUUCCAUAAGGCUGAGAUUAGUAUGCGCUUAAAGACAUCAACCCUCUUUGUGGUCAGUCACUUUUUGAGUGCCAAGGUGUCCCCUGAAUGGAGGUUAGACCCGGGUUUCGGGCCCCAGAAAAAGUGUUCCUUUCCACUCUUGCAUAAAGGUAAUAUAUAAAUACAAAGAUUAUGUGGAGGUUUUUCCAGGACCAAAUUUUGUGUACCAUGAAUGGAGGUGCCCCUUAACUAGAGGUUUCCUAAAUGAAAUAUUCCACUGUAUUAUUUCUUGCAGGGUGAGGUUGCAAUCUACGGCGUAAGAAAUGUUAAAAUAUACGCUAGAGAGAUCAUAGCCGCUGAGACAAGUAAGAUCGCUUUCAUCACGCCCGAUUGGGAACAAGAAUUUCCCCCAAUAGGCCUUGAAAGUAACGGCGAUGGAUCUAACGGAGAAAAUGGAAAUAGUGGCGAAGCUGGACCCCAGGGUGAGUAAGCCUUGCUUUGGAACGUAUCAAAAACUCAAGGGGGUUCCAUCAACCCCCCACCCCCCACCUUGUACCAAGGUGGGGGUAUGACUGCGUGCACGUCCGAGGGUUAAUAGGCACCAUUUGUGGGCCAAGAAUCAAUGAAGCGGAACUAAAACAAUAGAGAGGAGAAGUUGUACGUCAUGUUGCCAUGGUAGCAAAAUUUUUGGAUGACAACAAACCGAAAAUUCCCUUAAAAAUAAAUUCGCACUGUUUCAAACUUCAUUGAUCUUAUUCAAUUUCGUUUAAUUGGUCAAAUUUUGGCACUAUUUUGUGGAUUUAAUCCGAAAGAACCCCAUCUGAGUUUAGAAAAAGAAAGAGAAUUUUUUUGUGUUGUGUUCACCUACUCCGCAAAGCGGGCGCGUGAAAUUAGGAAGUUUCAUGUUGCAGUCGUGCAACGACAGCUAAGAAAUGUACAAAAAACGCGUGAUGCACGUGCAAAGUUGUUGUUUUGCUAAUCUAAACCUAUCGGUUUGUUUUUGCGGUUCUCGUUAGUGUCGCCGUCGUCGUUGCCUAAUCUCGGCCCUAUUGCUGUCAUCCAGAAAUUUGGCUACUAUUUUAACUUGACGUCACACAUCUCCUCUCCAUUUGUUGGAAAAUGAAAGUGGCAGGAAAUAGAACUUGCAUAUUUACGUUAAGGCUCAGAGAUGGGAUUGGGUUCAACAGCACUGCACUAACUACUAUUAAUAGCUCCUAGGACUAUAAAAUAUAAUAAAUAUAUAAUUUUAAAAAAAUUAUAUUCUAUUUAAUUUUAUUUUCAGUCGAUGUAAUCUGCGAAAAGAUAAAAGGAAACCUCAUUGUCAGUUCACAAGGAGGAAACGGACACAAAGGACAAGAUGGUGUGGGUGGCCGCAAAGGUUCUAAUACCCCUGACGUAAGCUUCUUUUAGUUGAACCCGCAGCAGUCAUGAAUUUCUCUUAAAUUUGACUUCAGUCGUAAUGUUAUCCAAUUCACAAUUUAGAAAAACUGAUACGAAAUCGUUACAGAAUAAAAGAACUACCAGGACUACCAGUUCACCCUAAAACUGCAAAGUGAAAGGCUUUUUAGGUUAAAUGGUAAUUUAUGGUGUUCUUCUUUACAUCCCAACAAAUCCCAUAAUUUUGCCACUUUAGUGUUUUGCACGCCAUCCUCUUAGAGCUCGGUUGUCAAUUGGAUAUGGAGCAUUUUCACCUGACGUCACGUCCACCAUAUUGGUGUCCCAAAACAAUGAAACAGCGGCCAUGUUGGUGCCCCAAACCAAUCAUGUGGGAGUUGAGCCUUUUUCUUAAGCAAAAACCUUCUUUAGUUCCAAUAAAUUUGCAAGGCUGCUGGUAGGACGCGUGAGUAAAUAUGCUCUACAGAGCGUUUUCACUCACAUGACAAGCAUCUAUGCAAAUUUAUUAAAAUAAAAGAAAGAGUUUACAUAAGAAAAGAGAUCGACUCCCACCGGAUUGGUUUGGAACACUAACAAGACCGCCGUUUUAUUGUUCUGGAACACCAAUAUGGCCGCCGUGACUCUCUAUUUAGGCUCCGUCCACUACAGUCCGGGUAACGGUGACUGUUCUAAAGGGUGGAAAAGGUGAUUUUACAAUGCCGCUAUUUACUCCUCAUAAACAAUCAAUGGAUGUACAUAAAAUUUAUACCUCUCAGUAAAUGUCUCAAAGACUUUGUUAAAAGAAAAAGAGGUAGGAUAUCCUCUGUUUGCUCCCGUGCCCAGAAAGUAAAUUAAUAUUCACGAAUAAGGAAGGCCGCGUUGUAGAAGUCUCAGUUUUGUUGUACUUUGUUGUGUUAUUUCUUUCUUGCAGAAAGUUGACAAUAUAAAGCCUUGGCCGAGGUGUACUUAUGGAAGCUAUUGGGUUAUUGGUGAUGCUACGAGCGAAGACCAUACGAAAGCAUUCGAAAAAUGCUCACGCCAAAAUAUAAACCCAGAAAAGGGAAACAGGGGAGGGGACGGAGGAAGGGGCGGAAAUGCAGGAACACCAGGUGAGAUAUUUAACUUUCUAUUUUCUUCUCCUUCCCUCACAAAAAGCGCUACCUUUACUAUUUUCUUUUUCUAUUUAACAACUAGAUUAUUAUUUUGCAUUGUGUCUGUUUACUAACUGUUCAAGUUAUAUUCAUGUCCAAUUCACUCGGGCUCAGGCGGGUCGAUCAACACGUAAGUUUCCCUUUCGUUUACCGGAUUUUGCUUACUGGCUUCAUUGACGGAUCUCAACGAAUUGGCCUGGGGGUUGGGGCUAGGGGAAUAGAAAUAUUAAUUUCGAGGCUGGAUCCCCAUCUUAUCACAGGAACUGGAUGAGGUGGCUCCAAAUACUUAAAAAACAGAAUCCGCCUCUGGACUUUUAAAACGAGUGGGAAUUAAAAAUCUGAGUGAUCUGCUAUGCACUGAAUUUCUUGAAAGAUCGUGAAGGGUCUUACCACCCGACAAAGCUCAAGGGAACAUGACUAUAUUUUUAUCAGAUUUCCUGAAGUGUUGAGCAAUUACAAAAACAUGGAAACAUACAAAGCUAUAAAGAUGAUUUCGCAUGGUCAAUGGCUUGAUAAAUUAAUAAUCUUAAUAGGUUAUGAGCAGCUUCACCUCAAAAAUAGUAGGAGAAAAGGAGACAAAUUUGGAAAGGGAAUACGACAAAUUGCUUUGAAGAUUUUUAAAUCAAAUUCAAAGAAACUGACCUGGUAGAAAUUUCAUAACAACCUCAUGUGGGAAUUCACUGCUCCUGAUCACGCGCACAGAAAUGCAGAGAUGAAUCUGAAAUCUACAACUACCAAUGGAUUCAACUUUCGAAUGAUAAAUUCGUUAAUAGAAUCUUGGGGGCUGAGCUUGAUCUGGCUUGACUGCGAAUUCAAAGUAUCACCCUGUAAUGCCAUCAAGGGAAACGAUUAAUUUAGACAAAAAGAAAAUUCCCCACAAGAUAGGGAUUUUAUCUUCUGCAGUUUGUAAAUCAUUGUAAGGCGCAUUUGAGCUUUGUAAAUGCGCCAUAUAAGAAUGUAUUUAUUAUUAUUAUUAUUAUUAUUAUUAUUAUUAUUAUUAUUAAGUAAUAUUAAAAAUAAAUACUUAAUUAUCGAUUCCCCUCAUGGGCCUGUUCAGGGAUAAUGAAACAAUACUUCAAAUAGAACAUAAUACGUUUAAGAUUCCUAACUGGUAGUAGGCGAAUCAGUUGGCUAAUUAAGAGCGUGGCCAAUUAUUUAAACUCGGGAUUACCAAGAACAAAUCCAGCCAGCGGUCAGGGCAGCACAUGAACUCAGGGCUUCCGGAUUAAAAGUCCAUCGCUCUAACCGCUUGGCCACGCUAUCUCCACAAAAUAAAGGAUUAUAAGUAACGUUAAGUGUUUUACUUCAAUACCUUACAACGUGUUCAAAAUAUUUACACCAGGAAGGGGUGGAAAUUCGGGACGGAUUACUGUUCAGUACAAACAAUUAUUGGGCGGCCUUAAAGUCAAGGCUUGCGGAGGACGAGGAGCGGAACCAGCAGAGAAUGGAGAAGGUGGAAAUGGUAGGUUCUUUGUAGCACUUGUACCUUCAGCCUGAGGAGGAGUAGGAGGAGGAACCGCAGUACUACUUUAGUGCGGUUUAAGAGCAUUGAUGACCAUUACCUCGCAGGGUCAAACACGUGCUUCUGUCCGCGAGCCUUCCCAACUCUUGCGUGUUCUUUGUCGUGCUUUCUCUGUUCAAUUCAAUUAAAUUCAAUCAACUUUAUUUAAACACAGUAAAUGGCUCAGCAAGCUGGUUUUCAGACAAGCCGUGUAACAAUUACAAGUUAUAAAUAUUAAAACUAACAAUAAUUUACAAUUUUCUGUUCGUAUUCGGUGACGUGUUUUCUGUUCGCGAGUUUUUUUGCCUAGUCUGUGAUUCCUUAGGCAGUAUGUACACGUUCUCAAGCGCGAGAAAAUCUUAACGUCACAAGAACAUCUUGACGUAUUUUUAUGCUAUCCUGCUCAGUGUGUUUCGUACUUUUUCUCGCGUCAGCGAAAACGUUGUUUAUGUCAUCAAAUACCGAAUAAUAUUCAAGUACAGAAUGAUAUUCAGACACCGGACACUAGACCAAGCUUGACUGAAUGUGACUUUAAUUUAUUGGAACCUCUCAAAGUCAUCGCGAACAUGUAACAUUACGUCACUCUUUAUUUUGAAUUUUAUUUGAACGUUACAUUCCGCGUGAUUUCUUUAUUUUUUCGUAAUGUUUCGUUUGCAUAUCUUUUAAUUUUAUCAUUAUCUAAAGAUUUAGGACCUAAAGUGUACGAAUCAUAUUGUUCAGUUAAGUUCAUAAAAUUGAAGUAAAAUGUUAAGUGUUCCUUUGUACUUAAACCUUCACUAAUUGUUCUUCUUUUAUUUUUCAAGUAACGUCUUACCAUUAACCUAUUUGUUAUUUAAGGUGGAAAAGGUGGUGCCGGAGUACGCGGAUUGAUAUGCCUUACUAGCAGACAAUCGGGUGAAGAUUAUUGGCUUUGCAGUGAACAUAGUCGACCAUCAGCCUCUGUAGGAGAUACUGGUUCAAAAGGAGCUUCUGGAACUAGUAAGGAAAUAUAACGAUGAAUCAUGUACAGGACUCGCAACUCAAGUGGAUUGGGGCCUGAGCCGAGUUGUUUAGAAAUUGCCGAGUAAGGACCGAGUUAUAAGCGGAGUCUGAAAAAAAUGGAAACGUUUUGAUUCUUGCGACUCCGAGCUAGCUAGGUGUAGUAAAAAUCAGAUCGUCGGAAUCGAAAGCAGAGCGGGUGAAUAAGUCAAUCACAAUGCUCGUUUCCACACUUUGUGAUUGCUUUAGCCCUUUCGUUUCUGCUUGCUACUCCGACAACUUAGUUUUUGCUAUACUGUAAGGAACCGAGUCGUAAGCGGCACUAGGACGUUAUUUUCAGCAGAUCAUAACGCUCUCCGUUGCACCGAAAUUGUAGACAACACUAAAACAGGCGACGAAUACUAUAGCCUUCCCCCACCGGUACCGUACCACGGCGGGCGUAUAAUUUGUCAUGUUCCCUCAGCAAUUAUCCCCUCUCCUCGUUUUCCAAAAACAUCUGUCUAGAAAUAAUUUUUUCUAUUUCAAAGAAAGAAUAAAGUUUUCGGCCUCUAUCGUUUUCAUACUUCAAUGCAAUUUGUAACGAAUUCUUGAAACUUUGUUAAUCCCUUUUAGCUCCAAAAUCUAGGGGACAGGAUGGCGAGGUCAGCGAGUCUCAUGUACAUAAAUCAGAAACAAUAGGCGCACAAAGUGCAGCAGAUUUUCCAGAAGAACUUCUUCUCGUCAUAAGAAGGCAAGCUGUAGAAUUGUUGCUAACAUACACGAAUGAGAGGAAAGGAAGAGACGCGCUGCAGUUUAUUGUUGAUGUGACAACUGGUCGAGAAGAUGUUAAAUAUAUAAAGCACGGUGAGCUUCCUGAAAAUACCAGCAGCCCAUAACCCGGAGCGAGCAACUCCCAUACUAGGCCUAUGUCACGGCGUUUUCACGAACCGGUUUAUUUUUAGACACUUUUUAGAGGACUUUUUCCACUUUUUCUCCGUCUAUGGGAGCAUUCGAAGUAUAAGAUAUCAGAAAAGAAAACUAAACGUCGUUAAAACUGAGUCAAAAAUAUCCUUUUUAGGUGUGUUGGUUUUGCCUGAUCAUGACUAGUUUGUUGGACUUAAAACAUAUUUUAAAUUCGCGCCAAAACCGCUCUUAAAAUAAUUUGUCGGAGAGAACGUUGUGACACCAGUACAUGAUGGCUCCGGGUUAUGAGGUCCUGAAAAUACUUAGCUAGAAAUACGUUAUCGCAAAAAUCUCGCGAAGCUCCAAAGAGUCAGGAGUGAGAAUAAAGAGAAAAAAUCCAAAGGGAAGUAAGAUUAAAAAAAAUAAACAGAGAAAAAUGUACAAAGAAAACGAAAACAGCCACGCUGAGAUUCGAUCGCCUCAGGCGCGAGAAGUCAGCUCCCAGUCCACUGGGCCACGCUGCCACUGGUCCCAAGAACUUUGUCCGUGAUUGUAGCUAAUUAAGUCUUUAAUAUGCCCUAAGUGUAUGUGUUUAUUUUAGACGCCGAGAGAAAGCUUGCUUUCGUGGGUAAGAUUGGCUAUGACAUUUUUGGGAAUAACGCUCUGUUCACUCCCCUUGUGAAGUGGGAAACACUUCAGAAUUACGUGAAUGGAAUCAAAGAUGCAGCUGAAAUUUAUGAAAACGCAUUCAAUGAUGUUCUACAGCAAGUAACGGAUAAUGAGAAUUUCGAGCAAGUAAGUGACAUAAAAAAUAAUAACAAAAUAAACAUCGCUUUAUGUAAGGAAUCCGGAAAUGUUUUGCUUGUGGAAUCCGGAAUCCGGGGAUUUUGAAUCCAGAAUAGAGUUUAAGGAAUCCGGAUGCUCGAACGAUUGCAAUCCGGAAUCCAAGUUUUACUAACUAAGAAUCUGGAAUCCAGUACCUGAAAUCCGGAAUUCAUGGCGUGGAAUCCGGAAUUCAAGACUGUCUUGAAUUACCUUAGAUGGGGCGAUUAAACACCAGUCUUUCUUUAGUUUUCCGGCUGUUUAUGGGCAGUUGUGUUAAAUUAAAGCGAGCUAGUAGAAAUAUUGGCAUAAUAAGAUCUCGAAAGAUCGAUCAAAAAUCUGAUAGCGAAAAACAGCGUGAGGAAAUGUAAAAAGGCUUUACCAAAUAAAUGUUUUAUUUCAGAUAGCGACUAUAAUGUCUGACUCAGCAUCUGCUCAGGUUAAUGCACAAAAGCGACGACUUAUUGCGGCGAGGGCAAUAGACGAAAGUGAGAAAAGGAUGUACGUUCAGGUACUAUCACAAGGACAAAUUCUAUCUUACCAAUAGUUCAGUUUUUUCGAUAACCCGGAGGGGUUCUCCAUAUAAUGACUUAUACGGAGAGACCCCGCCCGUAAGGGGCACCUCUCUCAGGCUUCAAGUAUAUGAAAGGGUUCGGAUUUCACUAGUUAAAGUAUAUGAAAGGGGAGGGGAAAUCUGUCACUUAGGUCUGUAAACAGGCCCAACAGGGCUAAGAGAUGCAUUUUAUGGCGAAAACCUUUUAAUUGGAAAGGUUCGAUUUGCCAUUUCAUUUUUAUUCGUUGGUACUGUUUUAUACAGGCCAUUCUAGAAGCAGACCGACAGAUGAACUAUACACUCCAAAGAAUUCUGAAGUCGAUUAGGGAAGCUCAAGCAGCAGAAAGUGCCAAAUUAAGCAAACAACAGAUGGUUGCUGUACUUCAAGGAGUCACAGGAUUUUCAUCAGCGAUAUUUACAAGCAAAACAUCGGAAGAACCACAGGGUCCAUUCGCUUACAUCGAAACAGCACUCGUAAUUAUAGAUUAUGAUACCAACAAACAAUGCCGAGUAGCACUUGAUUCAGUAGUUAAAAGUGCCGAGAAAUGGUUAACGUUUGGGCAAUAUAGGCCACUAGAAGAUUCCAGUGAUCUGAACUUUGAUCUCAUAGAUGUCAGUUCAGUUACCGACAUUAUGCAGGUAUGGUUCAUGGUUUUAAAUUCAUUCGGUAGAUUAUUGUUAUAAGUUUGUUCCAUUGUCACUGUUAUAUUAUUCUUCAUUUUCACUUCCAUUUUCAUUUUCAUUGUCACUGUCACCGUGACGCACAUGGUCUUCGAGCAAGUUCUCUGGGGUGCUCUGGAGGCGGGGCGGGAAAAGGAAAGAGAGCUUGCAAGUACGUCUCUGGAAUUUGACUAUCUGUAUUUAAAAAAGUCGAUGCGAGAUGUUGAUUGGCGGAGAUGACAUUAGUGGUGAUUUCAUUAACCUUGGCACGUGGUUUUUAAUGUCCGUUUACAUUCGCGCUCGUUUCUGCUUCGCGUUGACUGGCGGAAAUCUGACAGUUCAGUCGACGGGGAGCCACAGGGGAAUUGGAGAUGGAAUUCAAAUUCAAGAGGCAUAGUUGCAAGCUCUCCUUUCUUUUUUUCUGCUCCGUCGCCGCCAGAGCGCCCUGGAGAGCUUGCUUGCAGGCUAUGACGCACAACAAACCUGCCAAGUUUCAUUGCAGCAGCGUUAAUAAUUGUAUCCAACUCAAAUAGGGCCAGGCAAAAUAGGAUUAAUGACCCAUUCGACCUAUCGUACGUGCUGUUCUUGGACAUUUUUUUAUUUUUAUCUUUUAAAGGCCAACCUAGAGAUAAACAAGGAGGAGUUUGCAGCUGACCUUGUAUGCCUGUUGGAAGAGGGUACGCCCCGUAACGUGGCACAACUGAAAGCGGAAAUUGAGAGUUAUUUUGUUUUAGGAGCAGCUCGUAUUGAUAUGAUAGCCAAAGUUAUGGACCUUGACAAUUCCAUUGGAGGACACAAUUUUGAUAUCCCACUCCUUCAUCAGACUGAAAUGGCUAUUUCUGAGUUUAGCCAACCAGAAGGUAUGAGAUUAAAAAUGAUCAAUUUCUAGUUACGAAUAAAUUGAUCACAGUGCUAUAUUUUUUCAAGUCAACCGACUGAUAGUUAUGCAUUCGUAUUGAAUUGCAAUUGAGUGGAACCUCGAUAUAACGACCCCCUCUAUAGCGAAGUCCUCGGUAUAACAAACGACGUCCUUUACCCUAGUAAUAGUAAAAUAUGUAAAAAAAACCUAAAUAUAACGAAACCUCUUUAUUUCGAGCAAAUUUAACCAAUCCCUUGGCCCUCAACUAUGUCGAGGUUUCACCGUGAAAAUAAUAAUAACAAUAAUAUUAAUAAUAAUGAUAAUAAUAAUAAUGAUGAUGAUGAUUAUGAUCUUUAAGUUGAUAACGAUAAUGAUAAUAAUAGUAAUAAUGAUAAUUUUAUUCAACUUUAAAAAAUAUGUACUUAAUUUACAGAAAUAUUUGGAGUAAGAAUUAAGCACUAUAUAACAAGGAUAGUAUAAACAAUAAAAAUAGCAAUCACUGUGUCAAUAACGAUUUCACAAAUACAUUUCUUGCGGCUCAAAUGCGGUCACUUAACUCUUGCAGGCGGUCCAGAGUUUUAAAUUAAGUCAUUAUUACCAAUCUGUCUCUGAUAUUAAAAAGAAAACAAUAAUAAUAAUAAUAAUGAUAAUAAUGAUGAUGAUGAUGAUGAUGAUGAUGAUGAUGAUGAUGAUAACGAUAACGAUAAUGACAAGGACAAAUGGCAGUAGUAGAAGUGGUGACAGUGAUCAUGAUUCAUAAGAAGAAGAAGAAAACGAAAUAGACAAAAUUAUGCUUACUUAUCUUUCUUGACGAAGGGUUUUAAGCUGUAUUUUUGCGUAUGGACUUUAGUACAGUAUACCCGUUGUAUACAAAGACUGGGAAGGAAAAACUGCCCACCUACCCCUCCCCUAACCCUACGUUUUGCCCCAAGUGAGACGGAAAUGAUAACGCGGAGUUAGGGGAGGGGUGGGUGGGCAGUUCCACAGAAAGCUUAACUGAUCCAAAAUCAAAUUAAGUUUGCAAAUUUACCCACCAACCUCGUUGAUAAAACGUAAUCUUUGCAUUCUCCCUGAUCACUUAAAGACAUAAAAUUUCGUGACCAGUGCUUUUUCAAAACAUCGAAGACACGUAAGAGUUAUUGUUUGUUCUGAUGUGACGAUGUAAAGGUAGGCAGGAAAUUCCAGUGGCAAAAUCCUGACCACAUUUCGUUUUGUCGUUGAAUAGAAGCCAUAACUGAAUCUCCGUCAACAUGUUUGGGCCACGAACAUGCUAUAAAAGGGACUGGUUUUUCUCUAAGGGUCUUUGACUGUUGUAAACUCUCAAAUUCAGAGUGGCAGAAUGGAUUAAUAAUGGUAAAAGAACUGAGUGAAGUGCAAUUUUGUAUGAAAUCAUACGCUUGCAGUUUUAAGAUCGAACGAGCACUUAGCGCGAGAUAGAUUUGAAAUCCUUGGAAUUUUAGUGUAAUUUCAGACCAAAUUGCCCGACACGAAGUUCAAUUACCAAUUUAUUACAGUCAUUUUGAAAUCGCAGAAUUCAGUCAGUAGCAAUACUGUUAAAACAGUUCUAGAAGCCGCUUUGUUGAAAAGUGGAAACAAAAAGGCUUUACAUCUCAUUUACAUUUCUUAUUUGAAACAGAAAAGACAAAAAAUGGUGAGAUCCAGAACAAAAUUAGUGCGAUUUAGAGCAGAAAUUAUGCCAUUUAGAACAUAAAUGAUGUGAUUUAGAGCAAAAUCAUUGGGAUUUGCGAAUAAAUCACAACUGCUGAGAGCCAAUCAGAUAGCAGAAAUCAUCAGUGAUUCCAUGGAUGGAUAUACAGUCGACUUCCGAUAAUUCGAACCUUCAAGGGAAAUAGAAAAAAGUUCGAGUUAUCAGAAGUUAGAGUCAUCGAGGGUAAAAUUAUAUAGGAAAUGAUCUGAACGGAAAUGAAAAUUGCUUCGAGUUAACGGGAGGUUCGAGUUAUAGAGGGUUGAGUUACCGGGAGUCGAUUGUAAUAAACAUCAAACAUUUAGGUCAUCGCGUUUUGCUUUAAUUACAGAAGCUACCAUUAGCAAUCAACUCAGACAAACCUUCUUGGAAAACCUGCUUGGGACAUACGAGGAACUAGAGCAGUCUUUUAUGGAGAAUGUAUAUCAGCUACAGAAGGCCCUUGGCUUCAGUACACUUUGGGUGUUAGAUGACGUCAUGCGUUCAUUUCAGAGGAUCGCCUCUGAAAGUGCGUUUGGUACUGGCAGACUUAACGGGGUACUGGAACUCACAAAAGUACUUCAGCAGUUGUCUGAUAUAACGUUUAAGGCUGAAAAGUGUUUUUCAAGACUACGCUAUAGCAAAGGAGUGCAGAAGUGGAGUUUUGAUAACGAGACAGACACACAGGUAAUUUUCGGUUAGCCCCAGUUCAAAUGUCGAACUUUUCAUGUACCUAACUUAAUAGCUCUUUAGGUCGACCCAAAUGAUACAAGUCUGACGGUUGACUCAGACGUCGAACUUAAUUAGUCGGACUCAAUUUAUUUUCACGAUCGAUGUGCAUUGGUCUACAAUGCUUACCAGUGAAAAUAAAUUACAUAAUAGUAAUUUAUGCAUUAGGUUCCACAUAACAGUCGAAAUUCCUAUGUGGGCCACUCGAUCUUAAUUCAUGAGUCGACCCAAAUUAGAAACGUCGGACUAAAUUGAUUCAAAUGUCCAUCUCGUCAUGUACUUAAUUGAAGGGAUUAGGUUCGGGACAUCAAAAGUUCGACGUUUGAACUGGUCCUAUUUGGAAUGGAGAUUAACCAGGGGUACAUACAUACAAAAGCUGUAUUUAUUCAUAUGUAUUUAUUUAUAUGUACAAAUAAGGUAAUUAUGCUCUUCCAUCAACAAAUAAAAUAGUGCUGAAAAUUACAGAGCUUUAAUCUGAAAAAUAUAAUUGAAUGGAUUUAUUCCUUACUCUAAAUAAAUUGGUAGACUUCUCCUAGAAUUAAAGCUUUUUCAGGGUAUUGUUAAUUUUACCGUUCGUGGUAAAACUUUACUGCCACAGUGUUCUUCUUUACUUGAAUUUACUUAAUUUUCAGGAGAUUAAUUGUCUGUUUUCACAAUUUCUAUUACCUACCUUUCAGAUGUUUGAAGAGAUUAAAAAUGGGUCCACAAGAUUCAGUAUAGAGGAGGAUCAAAUUUGUGAAACAUGCCACAAUGCGAGAAUGAUAAAGGUGUUUAUCCAUUAUUAAACUAAUUUACACAUUUUGUUGAGGUUGUUUUUGAUUGUUGUUUCUUUAUCUAUGUGUUUUUUCAGUAGAACGAAUAUUUCUUUCUUUUUAUACCUAAACAGCGCAAGCAACGUAGUAACAAUCAUCACAGGUAUCACCCAAUGUAAAGGAAUCCGGAUUCCGGAAUCCGGGAAAUUUGUGUUUGUGGAAUCUGGAAUCUGGGAAAAUUUUGCUUGUGGAAUCAGCAAUUCUAGGCUAUGGAAUCCGGAAUCAGCUCAACGAAUCCGGAAUCCCACUUAAUNCUAUUUGGAAUGGAGAUUAACCAGGGGUACAUACAUACAAAAGCUGUAUUUAUUCAUAUGUAUUUAUUUAUAUGUACAAAUAAGGUAAUUAUGCUCUUCCAUCAACAAAUAAAAUAGUGCUGAAAAUUACAAAGCUUUAAUCUGAAAAAUAUAAUUGAAUGGAUUUAUUCCUUACUCUAAAUAAAUUGGUAGACUUUUUCAGGGUAUUGUUAAUUUUACCGUUCGUGGUAAAACUUUACUGCCACAGUGUUCUUCUUUACUUGAAUUUACUUAAUUUUCAGGAGAUUAAUUUUCUGUUUUCACAAUUUCUAUUACCUACCUUUCAGAUGUUUGAAGAGAUUAAAAAUGGGUCCACAAGAUUCAGUAUAGGGGAGGAUCAAAUUUGUGAAACAUGCCACAAUGCGAGAAUGAUAAAGGUGUUUAUCCAUUAUUAA